UGAACCCAACUAAUCAGUUUAUAAUACCUGCCCGUCAUGCAUAAUUUCAACGAAUUUGUUUACUCACGCGAGCGCGGCAUGUUCGGUCGCCAAUGCCUCUUCUCAGACCGCAACGAGCUGCUGCUCAGCGUACAGCCGAGCGGACGGCUGCGAACCAAAUACAUUAUGGCCAAUCCUGUGGAUAAGAAGACUCAGCUAAGUGGACAGAUGGCGUUGAGUGUCAUAGAGACGGAGAAUGUGGAAUUGGAGCAGCAUGGCAUUAAUCACUACGAGGGCGGCUGGCCGAAGGAUGUGAACAUUAAUGACGAGGAGCAGACGCUGCGGCAUCGCAAGAAGACCGAACGCGACGAUAGUUGGGGCGUUCAGGUCGGAAAAAUAAUCCGAGAUGCCACUGCGAUUGCGUAUCGGAACAACUCCAUCGACAUAUACAAGACAUUCUUUGACGACGCUCUGGAAGAGCCCGUCCUUAAAGCGGACAUGUCGACGCGUGACAUUCAAAUCUUUCACGAUGUAUGGAUGCCGCAUCGAUUUCUGCGCUGUUGCGACUGGAUGCCUGGCAAUAAUCGGAAAUUCUUGACCACAUACUGCAAUCUCAGACGGCUGAAAAAACGCUAUAAAAAGUCAGCUAAGCUGAUGUCUGGCUUUGGAACCUCGCACGCCUUCUUUAUAUGGGAUCUGAAGGAUCCGCUCCACCCGAUUCAGUUUUUUGAUCUCAAGGAGGUGUUAUACCUGACUAAGCUAUGUCCUCGCGACGAGAACCAGCUAGUGGGCGGCACUCACUCCGGCAAGGUGUGCAUAUGGGAAUUAGGGGAGACGAGUUUUCCCGUGCGCAAGUGCCCGCUGGAGGCUGCACAUCGGGAGGCCACUACCGCAAUCUGUUGGGUGCACAAUAAGGCCAACACCGAGUUCUACACGGGAUCGCUUGAUGGUUCUGUUAAGUAUUGGGAUACGCGCGAUGUUCAGAUGUGCACCCAGGAGUUUUUGCUCGAACCGGACACCCAAGAGAUUCAGAAUCGUCAAAAUGCUCAUGGGGCUACCGUAUUGGAGUUCGAGUACACCAUACCCGUGCGCUAUAUCAUCGGUAGUGACAUGGGUUAUGUUUUUGUGGGCAACCGCAAGGGCUUAUCGCCACCGGAAAUCAUACUGAACCAUUACCGCCUUUUCAUCGGACCCAUUCGAGUUAUAAUGCGUAAUCCGUUCUUCGUCAAGAACUUCCUGAUUGUGGCCGACUGGCGCGCCCGCAUCUGGAGCGAGGAGAGUAAGGGCGCGCCUAGCACCAUGUACAUGACCAGCCGGUCGCAGCUUCUAUGCGGUGCUUGGAGCACCGGCCGCUGUUCCCUCUUCGCGACUGGCGAUGCCAGCGGAAACUUAUGCUUUUGGGAUCUUUUGCUGCAUCAGCGUAAGCCGGUGUCGACAGUAACGUUUCCCAAAGCAAUUUCUUAUCUAGCAUUUCGUCCUGAUGGGCAAAUGAUUGCCGUAAGCCUCGCCAGUGGAGUCACCCAUAUGCUGAGCCUGGCUAGUGGCAUGACAUCCGCCACAGCCAGAGAAAAGGGACUCAUUGCGGCGAUGUUUGAACGUGAAAUUGGGCGAUCCAAGUUCCUGGAAGCACGGGUUGAGGAAGUGAAACUUAAACGACUCUCACACCAACAGAAGGAGGAGGAGCGUUUGCGUUUGGAAAAUGCAGAUUUAGAUGCUAUAAAAUCCUUGGAGGUAGAUACCGCAGAUCCUGAUGAGUUCAGGCACGAAAUCGAGAGCGAUGAAGAGUUUGUUCAGGCAAUAGUUGACUAUGAGAUUACCAUGGAGCUAAUGGCACAGAAACGUUCGAAGCGGGCUAUCACAAUGGAGAAAACUGUCUUUGAGGAGAUAGAGGAGGAGAAGCUGAUGGAAACAGUUGAUAUAUUAGAGGAUGCAGGGGCAGCGGUAGCGGCAGCGGUAGCGGCAGGGACAGAACCAGCAGACCGCAAAGCUGCUUGAGAUGCACAACAGCUGGCAGUGGGGAAUGAAGCUUCAAUUUUUAUAUCUAUUUUAUUUUGUAUUCUAUUUUCCUUCUUUUAUGUAAUAUUAAGAGCGCUUCUUGCACGCCUCACAAA